AAAAUAAUAAAGGGGUUAAAACUUAUUUCCUACGUCUAUGUCGUUCUCAAUUUGAAAGUGAGGCGCCUGUGCACUUGUGGUGUGAAGGGGGCUGGGGCAAGGGACCUCCACUACUACUGGGGAAAAGGGGCUUAUUUCUGUGUUUGAUGGAGGUGGGGUCUGGGGGCUUGUGCGGCGGCCGAUAGCCGGCGAGCAAAUCGUGUCAGACUCGUGGCAGAGGGGUCAACGCGAGGGAAAGAACGACCACGAACUGUCUUCUUGGGCUUGGCGGUGACCAGGAAGUUAUCACUUUAAAGGAACACACGACAUCAACGAGAAAGGAUGAACGACAUGGAGGCCUAUGGGGACGGAUAUAUGGAGCCGGAGGAAGAGUGGGAAAGGGAGGGUCUUCUUGACCCGGCCUGGGAGAAACAACAAAAAAAAACAUUCACAGCAUGGUGCAAUUCACAUCUCCGGAAAGCUGGAACUGCCAUCGAAUCAAUCGAAGACGACUUCAGGAAUGGAUUGAAAUUGAUGCUCCUACUUGAGGUGAUCUCUGGUGAAACCCUUCCAAGACCUGACCGUGGAAAAAUGCGCUUCCAUAAAAUUGCCAAUGUAAACAAAGCCUUAGACUAUAUUGCUAGCAAGGGCGUAAAGCUCGUCUCCAUUGGAGCAGAAGAAAUUGUUGACGGUAACUUGAAGAUGACACUUGGAAUGAUUUGGACCAUAAUUUUGAGGUUCGCAAUUCAGGAUAUUUCCGUUGAGGAAAUGACAGCGAAAGAGGGUCUUCUUCUUUGGUGUCAACGUAAAACUGCACCCUACAAGAAUGUCAAUGUUCAAAAUUUCCAUCUUUCAUUCAAAGAUGGUCUCGCUUUUUGCGCUCUCAUUCAUCGUCAUCGUCCCGAUCUCAUUGAUUACAAUAAACUCAGUAAAGACAAUCCUCUGGAAAAUUUAAAUACUGCCUUUGACGUUGCCGAGAAAUACCUCGAUAUUCCUAGAAUGUUGGAUCCCGAUGAUUUGAUCAACACUCCAAAGCCGGAUGAACGUGCAAUCAUGACUUACGUAUCCUGCUACUAUCACGCGUUCCAGGGUGCGCACCAGGUCAACAUGCGAAACACAGCAAUGCCUGAUGAACGGGCUGUGAUGACUUAUGUUUCUUCGUAUUAUCAUUGCUUCAGUGGUGCCCAAAAGGCCGAAACAGCAGCCAACAGAAUUUGCAAGGUCUUGAAGGUAAAUCAAGAAAAUGAACGUUUAAUGGAAGAAUAUGAACGACUGGCCUCUGAUCUAUUGGAAUGGAUCAGAAGGACAAUGCCCUGGCUCGCUAGUCGACAAACUGACAAUUCAUUAGCGGGUUGUCAAAAAAAAUUGGAGGAAUAUAGAACUUAUAGACGUAAACAUAAACCACCACGUGUUGAACAAAAAGCAAAACUUGAAACGAAUUUCAACACUCUUCAAACAAAACUCAGACUAAGCAAUCGUCCUGCUUAUAUGCCAACCGAGGGAAAAAUGGUCUCCGAUAUCAAUAAAGCAUGGAAAGGUUUGGAACUUGCUGAAAAGGCGUUUGAAGAAUGGCUUUUGUCAGAAAUGAUGCGCCUUGAACGAUUAGAACAUUUGGCACAAAAAUUCAAACAUAAAGCAGACGCUCACGAGGAUUGGACAGCUGGUAAAGAGGAAAUGCUGACAUCUCAACACUUCCGUCAAUGUAAACUUAACGAAUUGAAAGCACUCAAGAAAAAGCAUGAGGCUUUUGAAUCUGAUCUCGCUGCCCAUCAGGAUCGUGUUGAGCAAAUUGCUGCCAUCGCUCAGGAACUUAAUACACUGGAAUAUCACGACAGUGCUUCUGUGAACUCAAGAUGUCAACGAAUUUGCGAUCAAUGGGAUCGUCUUGGAACUCUUACUCAACGCAGACGUCAAGCCCUCGACGAAGCUGAACGCAUUCUCGAGAAAAUUGAUAUUCUGCAUUUGGAAUUUGCUAAACGAGCUGCGCCGUUUAACAAUUGGUUGGGUGGGACCAGAGAAGAUCUUGUUGAUAUGUUUAUUGUUCAUACCAUGGAAGAAAUUCAGGGCCUAAUGGAUGCUCAUGCUGCGUUUAAAGCAACCCUCGGUGAAGCUGACAAAGAAUAUAAUUCAAUUGUUGGCCUUGUUCGUGAAGUGGAAUCUAUAGUCAAACAAUUUCAGAUUCCUGGAGGUCUUGAAAAUCCAUAUACGACACUUACUGCUCUCGAUCUUACUAAAAAAUGGAGUGACGUCAGGCAAUUGGUACCACAACGUGACGGCACAUUGGCUGCAGAACUUCGCAAACAGCAAAAUAAUGAGUUGUUACGUAGACAGUUUGCAGAGAAGGCUAAUGCCGUUGGUCCUUGGAUAGAACGUCAAUUGGACGCUGUGUCCGCUAUUGGACUAGGACUUCAGGGCACACUUGAAGAUCAACUUCUUCGACUUAAAGAAUACGAGCAAGCCGUUUAUCAAUAUAAGGCACAUCUCGAGGAAUUAGAAAAGAUUCAUCAGGCCGUCCAAGAGGGAAUGAUCUUUGAAAAUAGAUAUACACAAUAUACAAUGGAAACUCUACGCGUUGGUUGGGAACAACUUCUCACUUCAAUCAAUCGUAAUAUUAAUGAAGUCGAAAAUCAAAUUCUAACACGAGACUCAAAGGGUAUUACGCAAGAACAACUAAACGAAUUCCGAAGCAGUUUUAAUCACUUUGAUAAGAACAGAACAGGAAGAUUGGCACCUGAGGAAUUCAAAUCGUGUCUUGUAUCCUUGGGAUACUCAAUUGGAAAAGACAGACAAGGAGAUAUUGACUUCCAACGUAUUCUCGCUAUUGUUGAUCCCAAUAAUUCUGGUUAUGUUCAGUUUGACGCCUUCUUAGAUUUUAUGACACGCGAGUCCACGGAUACAGACACUGCUGAACAAGUCAUAGACAGCUUCCGUAUUCUCGCUGGAGACAAGCCUUACAUUCUAGCCGAUGAACUCAGACGAGAAUUGCCACCUGAUCAGGCAGAAUAUUGUAUACAACGAAUGCCUCCAUUUAAAGGACCUGGUGGAGCACCAGGUGCUCUCGAUUAUCGUUCAUUCUCCACUGCUCUUUAUGGUGAAUCUGAUCUUUAAAAUUCCCAUUGAACAUUUAAAAAAAAAAGAAAGAGACAUCUUUAUAUAAACACCUACAUUUUUCAUCCCUCGCCAUUGAAUGAGUCGAUAUUGUUAAUAUCGAGUGCAAGAAAGAAGUUAAAAGUACUUAAUUGAAAAUAGAAAAAAAAAAUCAUCAACAUACAGAAAUAGGUGGGAAUAGAAAAAAAACAAAAGAAAAACCCUUACUACACGCACAACGGUAACGAAUUUUUGCCUGUCCAAGGCAUAAAAAAUUUAUAUAGAAAAUGCUUAAAAUAAUAAAGCAAAAAAUUAUUAUCUUUUGAAUUUAAGAGACAUCAAUAAUAAUAUUAUUAUUGCAAAGGAGGCAUUCAUCUCAGAACGAAAUUCAUAUAUUGAAAAAAAAAAAAUAUCAUAAAGAAAAAAGUGUCUUUUGCAGUACAUAUACAUAUGUUUACUAAAGAGACAAUAAUAUUUUUGUAUCUCGUAUUACAAUAGUCGACAAUAUAAUACGCGAUGCGCUUUUAAAAUGUCGAUGAUUUGAUAUACAACCAUAUCAAUUAACUUUAUAAUGAGUAAUUAUAAUAAUUAAAUCACCAAAAGCUAAUCAUCACUUUUUUACAAGUGAUUUUUUUUUUUGUCAAUACAAGAAGGGAGACCUAAGAAAUUUUACGGUGAUUAGCAAAAACCAAAUGAAUUGCAAUUUGAUAUAUUAUAUAUAUUUAAUAAAAAAAGAAAAAAACCCUCGCGAGUAUAAAUUUUAAAUAUUUAUUUUAAAUACAAAGAAUAUUUUCCAAACAAUAAUUAACCUAAUAUCAAAAAAAAUAAUCAAAGUACGAAUUCCUCUUUAGGAAGCAUUUAUAUAUAUAUAUAUACAAAUAUAUCAAUUUUUGUUUCUUUAUAUGUAAAUAAAACUUAUAUUCGCGAAUGGUUUUUAAAUAUUUAUAAAUAAAAAUGUUUUUUUUUAAUUAUCUGGAAAAUGAUCGACUAUAUCACCUAUUUUUAAAGGAGAAAAUCCAGAAAAUAAGAGACGCAAGCUUAAAAUCGAAUAUAUACAUAAUAUUUUUUUAUUAAAGACGGCGAACAAAAAAAAAAAAAUAAGAAUAAUAAUAAUAUUGAGAGCCGUUAAUGUAUUUUAUAAAUCGUAUAUUGAAAAUACGCGAAACGAUGCUAAACAUACAAAUUAUUUAUUUAUUUGAUUUAUUAUUUAUUAAUAUUUACAGAUAUUAAAUUAACGUAUAUUAGUCAAAUGAGAAAUGUUCUUUGAAAGUUAUUUAUUUUUUAUAAAUAUUUGCUCCGGUGCGAUUGGACUGUUGCGAGGCAAUAGCCAUAGAGAAAAGCGGAAUGGAUAAAUUUCAACAAAAAAAAAAAAAAAAGAAAAAAAAAGAAAGAAAGAAAGAGGACAAAAACAGCUGCCAUCGCCUUUACGUGUAGUAAGAAACACAAUUUAUACAGUCAUAAUAAUGUAAAUUAGUUGAAUAAGACAUUCAUCUCCACUUGAAGAAAAAAAAAACAUCGUAUAAUUGAAUUUGUGUGAAAUGCAGUAAUUCAUUAUCAAAAAAAAAAAAAAAAGAAAAAAGAAAAAAAUAAUAAAAAAAAGUAUGAAAUAAGUUUUGUUUGGCUUUGAAGCUUAAUGCUUUUUUUGAGAAUCCGUCUUAACGUAGUUUGAGACUUUUGUUAUAAAUAUAUACGAUCCAACUGCUCUUUACUUUUCUUUUUUUUUUAUAUAAAUAUUUUUUGCCGAAAAUUCGAUUGGCAGCUAAGAAUUUAAUUUUUUUUUUUAGUUUUAUUUAGAGGUUUGUAUUUUUAUUUUAAUUUGUUUUUAUUAAUUUUUUUUUGUUAGAAUCAAUAUAAUUGUACAGUUAAACAUCUUGUAAGUAAAUUUUGGAUGUACUUUUUUUUUGCGGAAUAUUAAUUAUAGCAAAUUUCAAAAAACGAAUGAAAGUCUCAAACAGAAUUUUUCAUUUGUUUGGUAUAUUAUUAAGAUUUUAUCUAUACACAAAUAAAAUGCAUACACCUGACAUUCACUCACUUGAACAUACAUAUGUAAAUGUAAUUGAUAAAAAUUGUAAUCUAUAAGUGUAUAAUAUGUAAUGCUAUAAAAAAAAAAAAAAAAAAAAUCGCUCCUCCUUCGAUCAGUCGUCCCGCAUCGCAUUACAUCGAUCGAAUAUUAUUUCUUCUCUGUUUAAUUUUAUUUUCCUGUACUGGUUUAAUAACGAAUAUUAUUGUACAACGAGGAAACUAAAAAAAUUGAAAAUAAAAAAAAAUUCUGCAAAACA